AGGGUUAUGGCAAGUUCUCGCAGCGUACAUCUUGCCUAUCAGACACCUGCCCUCGUGAGCAACGCCAUGGGAAAACUUGAAGUCGGCGACGUUGCAAUUGCUAGAUUCGGCGAGGGCAUGGAGCUACUUCAUGGCUUCGACGAAGAACCAUUUACGGAUGCUGCUGGGGCAAAGACGCUCGGCGUGUUCAGAUUUGAGCAGCGUGUAACGAACGUCCUGGAUAUGGUAGAGACGAGCCUCGAGGUGCUAGAGAGCGCUAGGGAAAGAAGGGCCACUGGGUCGGCAAGUGCAGGUGAACUAUGGCAACUCGAGAUUAUUAUUUCGGACGGUAUCUGUCAGGAUCACGAGCGUUUGCGGCAGGUGCUGAGACGCCAACGCGUCAUGAUCGUAUUCAUCAUCAUUGACCCACUGCACUCGACCUCCACUUCUGGGCAAGGGCAAACACAAGACACUUCUGCUGUACAGAACUCAAUCGUUUCGAUGAAUCAAGUCGCCUACACGACGAUCAACGGGCGCAUGGAGCUUCAGGUGGAGAGGUGUCUGGAUUCCUUCCCAUUUGAUUACUACGUGGUGCUUCAAAGCGUUGAGGCACUGCCUGAAGUAAUGACGUCAGGCGAACAAGCACUUUAACCGCAAUGUAUUUAAAAUAAAAUCUCACCCGUUUUGUGCAAUCUCCACAAGCCUCUCUUCUGCUAGUUUCGUGAGCGCGCCGACAUCAUCAGGUGGUUUUCAAUCGCAAAGGCGUAGACCGUGACGCAGCGUAUUCAAGACGCAUGUAUAUCUCUAAUAUCUGUGACCCAAGUUAAAAAAUCUCCGUGACUGAAGCAGGAUCAAGGAUGUAUCCGCUUAAGUGUAUGGAAUCCGUCUGAAUGACCCUCGACUGCGCGGCGGUUACCGUCCAUUUCGAAGGCUACAUGACGUGGGAUGGGGCCCGCAGAAAGAACACGGAGGAGCAGAAUCACGACUUGGGCCUUGAUGAAGGCGAGAAGGACAUUGUCCAGUCCAGGAUGUCAUUGCGAACGUGGCUCAGGUAGAAGGUAAUAAAUGAG